CGGUAAUGGUAUUGGUAAGACAAAGACAACUAUGCUUCUGCUGACAAGGCCUUACCACUGAUCUCUUCUCUUCAUCUUCAAGCUUUAGCAAUCGCCGUCGACACACCCAUCUGCCACCGCUACCGCUACCGCUACCGCUACCGCCACCGUUACUGCCCAACUAGCUCAUCUUCUUCAGAACAUUAAUUUGAUUUUAGAUCAGUUCGUGAUUAGAGGAAGAAGCCAUGGCAUAUGUAGAUCACGCCUUCUCCAUUUCCGACGACGACAUCAUGAUGGAGACCUCUUACAACGUCAACAACCGGCCGCCGAUAAAGGAGAUCGCCCUAGCCGUUUCUCUCCUCGUCUUCGGUGUCCUCGCCAUCGUCCUCGGUUCUUUCAUGGCCGUCAACCAGGUCGGCGGCGACCGAGCUCACGGGCUGUUUUUUGCUAUACUGGGAGGAGUUCUGUUUCUUCCAGGGUUUUACUAUACACGGAUUGCAUAUUACGCAUACAAGGGUUACAAAGGUUUCUCAUUCUCCAACAUACCUCCCGUGUAGAAUCAAUCAGCCAGCCAGCAACACUUGUACCAGGUUCACUGUACAGAUAGUCUCAUUGUCUGCAUGUUGCUCCUCUUCACACUGGGUCAUGGUUGUGUUUCUUUCUGUUUAGCAGAGCUGUCUGUGUCAAAAUAUGAUGAUGUGAUGUAAAUAAUGAAGUGAAUCCCUCCGACAAUAGACUACCCUUGUAGUAGCAAAAGCAAACUGUUGAUCAGUCAUCUUUCUGUUGAAAUCUUGAUCCUAUUAAUGCUUAAUGUGCAUCCCAUAGCACUAUAGGAGAUUAGUCCAGGAUGUGUCAAACUUGAAACUUGAAACUUGAAACUUGAGGGGUGUUUUUCCCCCCAGCCUGUGCUGUGCUAGUUAGAAUUACUAUUCCUCGUAUAGACACUGUAGUGUGCAUGAUAAAGAGUUGUUUGAUAGAUAUACAUAUACGCCAAAAUAUUGAUUCGAUCAAGUCUUGAAAGGGAUCCAUCCAAUAUUCAAA